GGGGGACUAGGGGCUCACCGUCCUCACGUCCCCAGCCUCACUGGGGUUUCUGUUUUAUUUCUCACUGGCUGGGGGGGACCAAGAUUCUGGUCUCCCCAUGCCCCUCUCGGCGACUUAUUCCCCCACCCCACCCCACAUCACCUCUAAAGUCCCGCUUUCCCUCAUUCCAAUGAAAAUCCAUUAUUUCUUCCAGGUGUAACAAGACUCCAGGCCUUCAAGAUGGAUUACAGUUCGUACAGUGGAGUUCCGCGGUUUCUGACUAGGCCUAAGGCCUUUGUGGUGUCUAUGGGGAAAGAUGCCACCUUGAGCUGCCAGAUUAUUGGAAAUCCCAUCCCCUUAGUGAGCUGGGAGAAGGAUAAACUUCCCAUACAGAGUGCAGGAAGAUUUAAAUUGGUGGAAGAUGGUGAUUUAUAUCGCUUAACCAUUUAUGACUUGAGCCUAGAGGACAGCGGCCAGUACAUCUGCAGGGCCAAGAAUACCAUCGGGGAAGCUUUUGCCGCAGUCAGCAUCAAAGUUGGCGAGCAAACCACCGUGACAGAGUCGGCGCCGUACUUCAUCCAGAAGCCCACUUCCAUCCGCGUGAUCAUGGGAGAAGAUGCCAUGUUCAAGUGCAUCGUCCAGGGCAGCCCCCCACUCUCGGUCAACUGGGAGAAAGACGGGAGGCACCUUGGUGGGCGGGCUGAGUCAAACCGCAUCCAGAUUGAGUCCCAGGGGGAGAAGAACGCCCUCAAGAUCCAAAGUACCCGGCUGGUGGACAGUGGCACGUACACGUGCCGUGCCGAGAACCCUCUCGGAGCUGCCAGUGCAGCGGCCGCUCUGGUGGUGGACACACCGGACUCUUACAGCCCCGGUGGCACCAGGCACGAUAUGGACAGCAAGACUUCCCCGUUGCUGUCGCACUUGCAAAAGAGGAGGGAAGAAAUCAGGAAGACAGACCUGUCCACCGCCGACUCUCUGAUCUCUGCCGCGUACUCCUCUACAGAAGGGCGGUCCAAGCUCGGCCUGAGCCUCUCUCUCGAUUACGAAAGGGCUGCCAGCUUGACAUCCAAGAGCUUACGGGGUGAUGGUGGCGCUCUGUAUGGUGUGACAACGCGCACCUUCACCGUCACCGAGGGGAAGCACGCCAAGAUGAGCUGCUAUGUGACGGGAGAGCCCAAGCCAGAGAUAGUUUGGAAGAAGGAUGGGGAGGUCAUCCCGGAAGGUCGGAGGCACAUAAUCUAUGAAGAUGAGCAAGAGAACUUUGUGCUGAAAAUCCUCUUCUGCAAGCAAAUUGAUAACGGUCUUUACACCUGCACAGCGUCCAACUUAGCUGGCCAGACCUACAGCUCCGUCCUGGUCACAGUCAAAGAACCGAGAAUACCUUUCAAGGAGAAACUCAGAGAUCUGGAAGUCCGGGAGAAGGAGUCAGCGACUUUCCAGUGUGAGGUUCCUGUUGCCAGCACGGAGACCACCUGGUUCAAAGAAGAGACAAAACUCCAACAGAGCAAGAAGUACAACAUUGAAGAAACAGGGACACAGCGGAAGCUCACCAUCCAGAAUGUCACCAUGGAUGACGACGCCGUCUACAUCUGUGAAAUGAAAGAAGGCAGCAGAACCAUUGCCGAGCUGAGUGUCCAAGGGAAUAUUAUCAAGAAACUCCCCAGGAAGACUGCGGUAAGCAUCACGGAUACAGCAAUAUUCUGCGUGGAACUGGAAAAGAAGUGUCAGAACUUCCGGUGGCUGAAGAAUAAGGAAGAGCUGAAGCCCAACAGCAGAAUUUCCAUCACGUCUUCUGGCAAGGAGUACAACAUGAUAAUCCGUGACUGUAAAAUGGAGGACUCAGGAGAGAUCGUAUUUGUGGCAGACGAGUGCAGAACAUCCACCCAGUUUACUGUCUCUGCACCAAAGAAGCCCCCAUCUCAUCCCCCAGUUGAUCCGGUAGUGAAAAAUAAAACAGAAACCUCAGUGACGUUAGCCUGGUCCCCUCCUAAGAUGGAACGUCCCAUCCCCAUUGAUGGGUACCUAGUGGAACGCAAGAAACUGACCGGGUUCACCUGGUUGAGGUGUCACGAAGCUCUUGUUCCUGAAACUGAGUUCACGUUAGACACCCUCACAGAAGAGGCUGACUACCAGUUCCGAGUAUCUGCGGUCAACAGCUAUGGCCAAAGUGACUACCUUGAGUUCCCAGGAACCCUGCACCUUGAACCCGUUCUGGCCGUGAAAAACCCUCUGAGAAGUGUCGAAGUGGUCCCUGGCAGGGAUGCAACUUUUACUAUUGACCUGACUACCACGUGUCUCGGCUCGUGGUUCAUCAAUGGAAAAGCAUUACAGAACAGCGACAAAUACAUCAUUACCAGGACAAAAACGAGCCACGGCCUCACCGUCAAGCGGGUCACAAGCGCUUUCAAAGGGGCAGAGGUGAAAUUUGUCGCCAAUAACAUUGAAAGCACCGCCACAAUCAGUUUGAAAGAUGAAGUAGCGACCUUUCUCAAUGAGUCGGCUCCUGGAAUUUCAGUCCAGCUCUCAGAGAAGUUUGAGCUGGUGUGCGAGGUGGCCUCAGCAACGGAGGCUGUCAUAUGGAAGAAGGGCAAAAAGGACAUCAAGCCGGACCAGCGAGUGACCUUCACCUCUCAGGGCACCCAGCGCAAGCUCAUUGUCAAGAGUGCGGUGAAACAAGACGAAGGAAUCUACACCUGCGAGGCGAUGAACGACAGCUUGACGUUCCAGGUGGAGGUCAAAGAACCAGAGGAGGUGUUUGCCAGCAAGGAGAAGGUCCAGAAAGAGAUCCAGGUGGCUGUGUCGGAGAAGGCAGCGCUUGCCUGUGAGGUGGUCCAGGCUAACACGGAUGUGAAGUGGUUCAAGGAUGGGAAGCUAAUCACAUCCACUAACAAAUUCAAGGCCGAAGCGGACGGCAGAUCUCGCCGGCUGGUGAUACAGCAGGUGGAGAAGAAGGAUGAGGGAGAGUACACCUGCGAGGCUGCUGGCCAGAAACUCACCUUCAGAGUCACUGCAAAGACUCCCAAAGCCACAGAAGCUGCGGAUGUGUUUGUCAACAAGGAGAAGGUCCAGAAAGAGAUCAAGGCGGUCCUUUCUGAGAACGCCUCCCUCAGCUGCGAGGUGGCCCAGGCCAAGAUGGACGUGAAGUGGUUCAAAGAUGGGAAACCGAUUUCUCCCGGGGAAAAAUUCAAGGUAGAAGUGGAAGGCAAAUCUCAGCGGCUGGUGAUACAGCAGGUGGAGAAGAGGGAUGAGGGCGAGUACACCUGCGAGGCCUCUGGCCAGAAGCUCACCUUCAGCGUCCUUGCAACGAGUCCCAAAGGUAUUUUCCUGGAAACCAUCUUCCACUGUCCAGGGCUGCCACCAGCACUCCUGCUGUCAGCGCGAGGGGUCCUAAAGGGCUCUUUUCCAACAUCACGCAAAGAGAGUGAUUGUGUUGCCCCAGCCAUGGGCGGUGGGUUUUUUGGAAUUCCCAGAGACAAACCUCUUACAGUGGGGACCCCUGGAAGGCAGGAUCCCAGUCAGCUGGGUGCAGAGAGAAGCAGGAGAAUCCCCCUUGAAAACAGUCCGAAACCGAGAACGAAGGCCAAGACCGAAGUGAAGUGGUCCAAGGAGGGGAAGCUGAUUUCUCCUGGGAAGAAAUUUAAGGUGGAAGCAGAAGGCAAAUCCCGCCGCUUGAUUGUGCAACAAGUAGAAAAGAAGAAUGCCGGCGAGUACACCUGCGAGGCUGCUGGCCAGAAACUGACCUUUACACUUAAUGUUCUAGAGGCUGUGACUGUAUUUGCGAAGACAGAGAAAGUCGAGAAGGAGGUCACAGCUGUCCUGAGAGAGAACGCUGUUUUGGCCUGUGACGUGACCACCGCUGACGCUGAGGUGAAGUGGUACAAAGAUGGGAAGCCCUUGAGUGCCAGCAAAAAGAUCAAGAUGGAGUCCAAAGGCACCUCCCGGAAACUGCUCCUGGAGCAGGUGGAGAAGAAGGAUGCUGGGGAGUACACCUGUGAAGCCGCUGGGCAGAAGCUGACUUUCAAGGUGCAGGCGGUCGAAUCCGAGCCAAAAUUCCAGGGGAAGGUUGCCCAGGAGAAGCCCAUUGUGGUCCAGGAGGACAAGACCAUCAUCCUGUCCACUUCAGUGGUGCCUGAGGAUGCUGAGGUCAAAUGGUUCAAGGAUGGAGUUGAGAUCAAAGAUGACAAGAAGCAUGAGAUGAAGAAGGAAGGAGGCACCCGAAUCCUGACCGUGAAGCAGGCUGAGGUCAAAGACGCCGCUGUCUACACCUGUGAGACCAGGAGCGAUAAGCAGCAGUUCCAAGUGCAGGUGCAAGAAAUUCCUGUGAAAUUUGCCAAGAGGCUGGAGCCUGUCAAAGCGGAAAUCGGAGGGACUCUGACCCUGAGCUGCGAACUGAGCCAGCCUGGGGGCAAGGUGGUGUGGCGCAAGGACGGGGUGGAGCUCAAAGCCGACAAGCGCUGCCAGAUGCGCGAGGCGGGCGAAAAGCGGCUCCUGGUCAUCACGGGACUCCGGGAAGAAGACAAGGGAGAAUAUUGCUGUGAAACCAACCGAGACAAGUGCAGCGUCCGGGUCACCCCCACAGUCGCGAGAGUGGUGAAGUUUGUCAAAGGUCUCCACAAGGUCGUAGCUGAAGAAGGCAAGGAGGCGGUGUUCACGUGUGUCGUCUCCCCUGGUGACGCUGCCGUCACGUGGAGCCACAAAGGAGCCAGGAUUGAAGCCAGCGAGAAGUACAUCAUUUCUCACCAGGGUGGGAGCCACAGCCUCACCAUCCGCAACCUGGCUCUGAAGGAUUCUGGUGAAGUCUCCACAGAAGCGGAAGGAAUGGAGAGCAAAGCAACCCUCAGGGUGGAAGAGGCGCCGGUGGUGUUCGUGAAGAAGCUGGAGACCAAAACUGUGGAGGAGAAGGAGAGGGUGACUUUCGAAGUGGAGCUGUCAAAGCCGAUUCCGAAGGUGAAAUGGGCGAAAAAUGGAAGCGAACUCCUUCCCAGUGACGACCUGGAGAUCAAGGCUGAUGGGGCCAAGCACAGCCUGGUGAUUAAGAGCGCCAGCUCUGGGGAUCGCGGCUAUUACUCCUGCGAGACCCUCCAGGACAAGACCCAGGCAAAGCUGACUGUGGAAAUGAGGCCCAUCAAGCUGGUGAAAGGUCUGCACCCAACGGAUGUCUAUGAAAAGGGCUCCGCCACAUUUGAGGUGGAGCUGUCGCAUGAGAACGUGGAAGUAACCUGGAUGAAGGAUGGUCUGCGGCUGAAGUCGCAGGGCAACUGCCAAAUCCGCGUCGAGGGGAAGACGCAUACCCUGACUCUUUCCUCGCUUGAGCAAGAGGACUCGGGCCUGGUCUCCUUCAAGGCCGAAGGGGUCCACUCCACAGGCAGGCUCAACGUCAAAGAAUCCCCAGUGAAAAUAAUCAAACCUUUGGCAGACAUCAGCGCCACACAAAAAGAUGACGUAACCUUUGAGUGUGAACUUUCCCGGCCGAAUGCGGACGUGAAGUGGCGCAAGGAUGGAGUUGAGCUACGGCCAAACAAGAAAAUUGGAAUUGUUUCCCGAGGGACUAAGAGAGCCCUCACAAUCCACAAAUGUGAAGACGAAGACCAAGGAAAAUAUGUGUGUGAUGCCAUUGAUGACAAGAGCUCAGCUAACCUGGAGGUCCACGCCCGAGACAUCAAGAUCGUGAAGCCGUUGGAAGAUGUGGAAGUGAGUGAAAAAGAGAGUGCUUCCUUCCUCUGUGAGAUUUCACACGAUGAUGUCCAGACACAGUGGUACAGCAACGCAAGCAAAAUUCGGGCAGGAGAGAAUGUCAAACUGCGCCAAGAUGGAAAGAGUUACACACUAGUCUACCGCAGUGUGGAAUUGCAGGAUUCUGCAGAGAUCAAAUUUGUGGCAGAAACGGCAGAAUCUCGAGCGCAACUUAAAGUAAAAGAACUGCCCGUGAGGAUCGUGAAACCUCUCCGGGUGAAGAUCGCUAUUGAAAAGCACCGGGGUUUUCUAGAAUGCCAGGUGUCUCGCCCCAAUGCUGUGGUCAGAUGGUACAAGGGGGAUCAGGAGAUCCAUCCCAGCACAAAGUAUGAGCUUGUGAGCGAUGGAGUUUACAGAAAGCUCCUCAUCAACGAGACGGAGUUUGAGGAUGAAGGCAUUUACACCUGCGAUGCCAUUGAUGACAAAAGCAGCGCUCAGUUCUACGUGGAAGAACAAUCCAUCAGUAUCGUGAAGGAGCUGCGGGAUGUGGAGGUCACCGAGCCGGCAGAAGCCAGGUUUGAAUGUGAGAUCUCCAUUCAGUCUAAUGACCAAGAAGGCCUGGCGGGAGAUCCCAGGGAGCGCAAAGUGGAGAUCACCAAGCACCUGCAAGAUGUGGAAAUCGACGAGGAGGGCUGUGCCGUCUUCUCCUGCGAGCUGUCUGAGGACAGCGAGGACGUGGAAUGGUUCCUCAACGACACGCAUCUCUUCCCAAACAAUUUCAACGAGAUCAAGAAGUUGGGCACCUCCCACAGCCUGACGCUCAAGCACGUCACGACGGAAGAUGCUGGGACAGUGACGGUGAAGGUCCAGAAGAAGGUCUCUGAAAGCGCUCGGCUGAAAGUGAAAGAGAAACCUGCCGUCUUCAUGAAGGCCUUGGAUGAUGUGGUCGGAGAGGAGCGGGGCUCAGUCACACUGCAGUGCGAGGUCUCCAAGCCGAAGGUCAAACCCGUCUGGAAAAAGGAGGGUGUGGCGCUCGCCCCAGGAGACAAGUAUGAGAUGCUGCAGGCCGAGAAGACCCUGCAGCUCGUCAUCCAUGACCUCCUCAAGGACGAUGCUGGCUUGUAUACGUGUGACCUUGGCACGGAGGUCGCCAAAUCUAAAGUCAGUGUUCAAGAGCUGAACAUCGGCAUCACGAAACGCCUGAAGAACUCAGAAGUUGUGGAAGGGGAGAGCUGCAGCUUCGAAUGCGUUCUCUCCCACGAAAGUGCUGACGAUUGUCACUGGCUGAUCAAUGGAAAUGAAGUGGGCCGGGAUGGGAGGUUUCGCGCUCUCCGGAAAGGGAGGAAAUACACACUCACCAUCAAAAAAGCCCUGGGUUCUGAUGCUGGGGAAGUUGUUUUCUCCAUCCACGACUUAAUCUCCAAAGCUUCUCUGGUCGUGAAAGAAAAGCCAGCUGAAUUUACACAGCCGCUGCAGGACAAGACGACGUCCGUGGGGCAGGAGGUGAGCCUGACUUGUGACCUGUCCAGGUGGGACGGCAGCAUUCGGUGGUGCAAGGACGGCAAAGCGAUUCGGAGGAGCCAGAAGUAUGACCUUCGCCAGGAAGGGACCCGGGCCAUAUUGAUCAUCCACGAUGCAACGGUCAAAGACAGCGGUGAAUACACAUGCGAGACAGAAGCCUCCAGGACAAAAGCGACCCUUACCGUGGAAGAAGCAGGGAAUUGCUUCAUCAAAGAUCUUUUGGACCUGAAGGCCGAUGAAAACAAAAAGGCAGUGCUCACCUGUGAAACCAAGAAACCCGCGUCCACCGUGACCUGGAGGAAAGGAAUUGCCGACCUCAAGGCGAGCCAGAAAUACGAGAUGAGCCAGAAGGGGAACGUCCUGCAGCUCACGGUGAACGACUUGAAGGAGACCGACAGCGACAUCUACACCUGCGACAUCGGUGACACCCAGUCGAGUGCCAAGCUAGUUGUGCAAGGUAUGGUUGUCGUGCGGUUUGUUUCCAACACGCCAAGGAAGGUUAGUCGACGAGUGUGGUUCCAUCAGGCCUGCAGUCACACCCCGAGUCAACAAUUGCAAUUGCUUUGUGUGAGGCUGCCGCAGAAAUUUUGUUUGGUGCAAAAAGGGGCCGCCAGACUGACUAGUGCACCCUGGGUUCUGGAGGUGCUUGACACAUCUCUGCCAGUGCUUUUCCAACAAGAACUGCAGAACAGGGAAGCCAAGAUGGGGAGCAAGGUUCGGCUGACCUGUGAGCUCAACAAGCCAGACCUGCCGGUGCAGUGGAUGAAGGGGAACCAAGUUCUGCAAGCGGGCGACAAGUAUGAGUUCAAGCAACGUGGCACCGUGGCGGAGCUUAUUAUCCGGGAUGCCAAAGCCGCCGACGCAGGGGAAUAUACCUGCAGCACCGGCGAGCUAAAGACCUCUGCUCGAGUAGAAGUGACGGCCGCACCAACCCUUUUUAAGGAAGAGCUCAAGGAUAUGGAAAAAGAAGAGGGGGGCACGGUGGCUUUAUCCUGUGUGCUUGCGGCGUCUGAUGUUCCCGUGGCGUGGAAGAAGGGAGCAGCUGUCCUUCGCGCUAGUGAGAAGUACGAGAUGAAGCAGAAGGGGUGUGUGGCCGAGCUGCUCAUUCACAAUGCGGAGCCAGGGGAUUCUGGGAGAUACCUCUGCAGCGUGGAAGAUCAGCAGAGCACCGCUCAGGUCAAAAUCCACGCUGCACCUGUUCAAUUCAAAGAAGUGCUGAAGAACACGGAAGCCACUCAGGGUGGCCUAGUGACCCUCCACUGUGAGCUGAACAAGCCUGCCCCGGUGGAGUGGAUGAAGGGGCAGAAGGGCUUGAGGCCAAGCAGCAAGUACCGAAUGAAGAAGGAAGGGACUGUGGCUGAGCUUACAAUUCACGAUCUGGACCUGAAGGAUGCUGGAGAUUACACAUGCACCUCUGGAGACCAGAAGACAACCGCCGUCCUCACAGUGAAUGAUGUCUCCAUUCUGCGUCCCCCAGCUGUGGCAGUGCAAUUCAAAACCAAACUCAAGAAUGAGGAAGCGACAGAGAGUGGGACGGCCACCCUGCACUGUGAGCUGACCAAGGCCGUUGACUCAGUCGAGUGGGCGAAGGAUCAAAAGGUGCUGAACCCAAGUGAUAAGUACAGGAUGAGGCUCGAAGGCCGCUUUGCCGAGCUAACGAUCCAAGAUCUGGAACUGACAGACGCCGGGACAUACACCUGUGUGUGUGGUGAUCAGAAGACCGCUGCGGCGUUGAAAGUGAAUGGUAAUAACAUUUACGUCCAGAGUCAAAGCCUAACUGCAAAAUUCCCCCAAGUCCACCAAUGGUUUGACCGUUUCUCUUUGUUCACAUUGCAUUCUUCAGCACUGCCCGUCUUUUUCCAAGAAGAGCUAAAAAGCAAGGAAGCCACAGAGGGGGAGACGACCACGCUGCACUGCAGGCUGAGCAAGGCGGCCCCGGUGGAGUGGUGGAAGGGGCCACGGGCGCUUCAGCCAGGUGACAAAUGCCAGAUAAGGCAGGACGGGCCGUGUGCUGAGCUGGUCAUCCGUAACUUGGAUGCGGCAGAUUCUGGGGACUACACAUGUGCAUGUGGAGGCCAGAAGACUACAGCCAGCUUGAAAGUGAAUGGUAAAACAGUUUGGGUGAUUCAUGUCCCAUGUUACCUUCGCUCUGCAGUUCUGCCCGCGCUUUUCACCAAGGACCUGAAGGACGAAGAAGUUACAGAAGGUAAAGAUGCCACCCUGCGGUGUGAGCUGAACAAAACUUCAGCUGCCGUAGAGUGGAAGAAAGGCCACAAAACCUUGAAGGAAGGCAAGAAGUACAAAAUGAGGCGAGACGGUUCCAUCGCUGAGCUGGUGGUUCAAGGUGUGGAGCUCACGGAUUCCGGAAGCUACACCUGCGUAUGUGGAACCCAGCAGACCGUGGCGUCUCUGGAAGUCAACGCACUGCCUGUGCUUUUCAAAGAAGGACUGAAGAACAGGGAAGCUGUGGAAGGUUCUACAGCUACUCUGCGCUGUGAAAUGACCAAAGCAGGUGCUGAGGUGAAAUGGAAAAAGGGACCCCAGAUUCUCAAGCCGAGUGACAAGUACCGAAUGAGGCAGGAUGGCACGGCAGCUGAACUCUUGAUUCGUGAUCUGCAGGUGGAGGAUACGGGAGAUUAUGUCUGUCUUUGUGGAGACCAAAAGACAACCGCUGUCUUGACCGUUCAUGGUAACCGCACAUUCCGUAUUACAUCCAUCAGGGAUAUUUCAGGAUCUGCCAUCUCUGUGGAAAUUCCUGGCUUUAAUAUCUGGCUCAUGACAUGUUGUCUGUCGCUGUUGUAUCCCUCAGCUGUGCCAGCACGUUUCCAAGAAGAACUCAAAAGCAAAGAGGUGAAGGAAGGUGAAAUAGCCACCCUUCGCUGUGUCCUAAGCAAGGUUGCUCAGGUAGAAUGGAAGAAGGGGCAAACGGCACUCCAGCCGAGUGAGAAAUACAAGAUUAAGCAAAAGGAUAAUGUGGCCGAGCUAACGAUCCAGAACGUCACUGAGCAGGAUGCCGGAGACUACGUUUGCGUUUGUGGCGAUCAAAAGACGUCUGCGUCCCUCACAGUGCAUGCCCUGCCUCCACGAUUCAAGGUGGAGCUGAAGAACCUGGAGGCUGCAGAAGGGGAAAGAGCUGCUCUGCGCUGUGAGCUGACCAGAGUUGCAGCUCCCGUGACGUGGAGGAAGGGCAACCAGGUUCUCAAGCCGAGUGACAAGUAUGACAUGAAGCAGGAAGGCCCUGUUGCCGAACUUGUCAUUCACAGCCUGGAACUGGCCGACGCUGGCGCUUACAGCUGCGCGUUUGGGGAAGCGAAAACCUCUGCGUCCUUAGCAGUGAAUGCUCUUCCAGCACGCUUCGAGAAAGGCCUGGAGAACCGGGAGGCCUCCGAGGGUGGCUCUGCUACUCUCCGCUGCGAGCUGACCAAAGCCGCCGUUGUGGAGUGGAAGAAGAAGCACAAAGCCCUCAAGCCGAGUGACAAAUACCGAAUGAGGCAGGACGGUCCUGUCUCUGAACUUGUCAUCCUCGACCUGGAGCUGAGUGAUGCUGGGGAGUAUUCCUGCGUGUGCGGCCACGAGAAAACUACUGCAGCACUGACAGUGCAUGCCCUCCCUGUGAUUUUCAAAGAAGGAUUAGCAACCACAGAAGGCACGGAAGGGGAGACGGCCACCCUGCGGUGUGAGCUCAGCAAAGCUGCUCCUGUGCAGUGGAAGAAGGGCAGCCAGUCGCUGACGCAGGGCGGAAAGUACGUCAUGAAGCAAAAGGACAGAACGGUGGAACUGGCCAUCCGUAACCUGGAAGAGGAGGACUCUGGCAGUUACACCUGCGUGUGUGGUGACCAGCAAACCACUGCAACCCUGGCCGUGCAUGUUCUGCCAGCCCUCUUCGAAGAGCCCUCAAAGAGCGUGGAGGCUGUGGAAGGCGGAGAAGCCACUCUGCGUUGUAAACUGACCAAGGCCGCUCCCGUGGAGUGGAUGAAGGGGCAGACUUUGCUCCAGGAAAGUGAGAAAUACAAAAUGAGGCAGGAAGGCUCUCUUGUAACGCUGGUGAUCCGAGAUGUGGACCCAACAGACGCGGCCCAAUAUACCUGCCUCUGCGGGGACCAGAAGGCUGCAACCUCCUUGACCGUGCAGGCCUUGCCUGCACGUUUCAAGUGCAACCUGAAGGAUGUGGAAGCCCCAGAAGGCAGUGUGGCCACCCUGCACUGCGAGCUGACCAAGAUGGCCCCUGUGGAAUGGAGGAAAGAGCACCGGGUGCUCCAGCCAAGCCAGAAAUAUGCCAUGAGGCAAGACGGUGUCCGUGCUGAGCUGCUGAUCCAUGAACUGGACCUUCAGGAUACGGGGAACUAUACCUGUGUGUGUGGAGAGCAACAAACCACCGCAUCUUUGGCGGUCAAGGUCUUACCUGCCCGUUUCACGGAAGAUCUGAGGGACCAGGAAGUCACGGAAGGUGAAGCUGCCAUUCUCCGGUGCCAGCUGACCAAAGUGGCACAAACUGACUGGAAGAAGGGUCCGCUCGUUCUCAAACCGAGUGUGAAAUACACAGUAAAACAGGAAGGCACCGUUUCAGAGCUGGUGGUCCAUAAUUUGGAGGAGGAGGAUGCGGGAGAAUAUACCUGUGUCUGUGGAGACCAGCAGAGCACUGCGAGCCUCAGAGUCAAUGCACUUCCACCGCAGUUCAGAACGGAACUGAAGGACGUGGACGCCCCAGAGGAAGGGACGGCUACACUGCGCUGCGAACUCAGCAAGCCUGCUCGGGUGGAGUGGAAGAAAGAUGAGCGGAAGCUCGCAGAAGGCAACAAAUACCAAAUAAGACAGCAAGGGGCCCUUGCAGAAUUGGUGAUCCGAGAUUUAGAGAUUGAGGAUGGUGGACGUUACACCUGUACCUGCGGAGACCAGAAAACCACUGCCAUUUUAACAGUUAACGCCCUCAAGCCAGAAUUCCAGCAGCAGCUAAAGAACGAGAAAGCAGAGGAGGGCGGAACAGCCCGGUUCUGUUGCAAGGUCACGGUCGCAAAGGCGCCGGUGGAGUGGAGGAAAGAUGGCGUGCCACUGCGCGCUGGGGCCAAAUAUGAAAUGAGGCAGGAGGCGGCCAGCCGAGAGCUGCUCGUGCACCACCUGGAGCCCAAGGACAGUGGAGAGUACAGCUGCGUCACCGGAGAUCAAACGACGUCCGCAACGCUCGCGGUGAAGGCACUGGACGUCACCAUCCUCCGGGGGCUGAAGGAUGCCGAGGCGUUCGAGGAGGAGGACGUGGUCUUUGAGUGCAAGGUCUCCCAUGACAAUGCACGGGACGUGGAGUGGAAGCUGCAGGACGCCCUCCUCCAGAGCAACGAGAUGAAUGAGAUCUCUGUCGAGAAGGGCCGGAUCCACACGCUGAGGCUGAAGAAGGUCACCCAGCAGGAUUCUGGUACCAUCACCUUCCGCGUUGGACCGUAUGCCUCCACGGCACAGCUCAAAGUGAAAGCUCCACUUCCCACAUUUAAAGAGGAACUAACGAACAAAGACCUGCAGGAAGAUAGCACAGUUACCCUGAAAUGCGAAGUCUCCCAGCCCAGCGUCUCGGCAACAUGGAAGAAGGGCACCCAAGUGAUCUCUCCAAGCUCCAAGUACGAGAUCGAGCAAGAAGGAACAGUGCACACCUUGAAGAUUUAUAAUCUAAAGCCAGAGGACUCUGGCAGGUAUACCUGCGACAUUGGAAACCAGAAGAGCACAGCAACUGUGUCUGUUGCAGCCCUUCCAGCAGUGUUUGAAGUCCCUCUUGAGAGCCAGGAGGCCGAGGAAGGAACGACGGUCACCCUCCAAGCGGAGCUCUCCAAACCUGACGUCCCAGUGAAGUGGAGUAAAGGGUCGAGCAAACUCCAGCCGGGCGACAAAUACGAGAUGAGGCAGAAGGGCCGCUCCGUGCAGCUUCUUAUCCGCAACGCACAACCUGAGGACUGUGGGGACUACACCUGUGACUCAGGUGACCAGCAGACUACAGCAGCACUGCUGGUCAAAGCUUUGCCAGUACUUUUCAUUAGGCUCCUGGAGAACCAAGAGGCAGAAGACGGUGGGUCAGCCACCCUGCGCUGUGAGGUCUCCAAACAUGGCGCACCUGUGCAGUGGAAGAAGGGGGAUCUUCUCCUCCAGCCCAGUGACAAAUACAGGAUGAAGCAAGCCGGCACUGUGGCGGAGCUGACUAUUUGCCAGCUGAGCCCUGCGGACGCGGGGGAGUACAGCUGCAGCACAGCCGACCAUCGGACAGUGGCUGCUCUGCUGGUGAAAGAACCACCCAUCACCAUAGUGGAAACUCUGAAAGAUAUCACUCUGUAUGAAAAUGAGGAUGCCAUGUUCCAGUGCCAGGUCUCUUCCGAGAAAGCUAAGGAUGUGCAGUGGAGCUUGGCCGGCGUGCCUCUCCAGUCCAAUGAAAUGAAUGAGAUUGAGGUCCGAGGAAAACGUCACAUUCUCACCCUCCGAAAGGUGUCCCUCGAAGAUUCUGGCUGUGUCAGUUUCCGAGUGGGGCAGAAUUCUUCAGAAGCUCAGCUGACUGUGCAGUCUGCACCCGCGAUCUUCAUAAAGCAACUGGAGAAUUUGGAAGUAGAGGAGAACGGCACAGCCAUGCUCUGCUGUGGCCUCUCCAAACCUAGUGCCCAGGUGGAGUGGAAGAAGGGGGCAUCCAAAAUCCAGCCCAGCCAGAAGUUUGAAAUCAAGGCUGAAGGAACGGUACACACUUUGGUCAUCCGUGGCGUUGCUGUUGAGGACUCUGGGGAAUACAGCUGCAGUACGGCGGAGAGGAAGACCACAGCCAGACUCAAGGUUACAGCUCUCCCCGUGCUUUUCAAGCGUGGCCUCCAAAGCAAGGAGGCGGAGGAGGGAAACACGGUGUCCUUGCGCUGCGAGCUCUCCAAGCCCAUGGCUCCGGUGGUCUGGAAGAAGGGGAAUGUGGUGCUUCGGCCCAGUGACAAGUACGACCUUCGUCAGGAAGGGAACUUUGCUGAGCUCCUCAUUUAUGAUUUGGAAGCUGGGGAUGAUGGGCAGUACACGUGUGAGUCACAGGAUCAUCAGACCACUGCCACAGUGAAGGUCAAAGUUCUGCCAGCCCUCUUUAAAGAAAAGCUCCAGAACGUCGAGUCAGAAGCAGGGGGAAGGGCCGUCCUGCGCUGCGAGCUCUCCAGACGCGACGCGGCCGUCGAGUGGCGGAAGGGAGGCCUGGUGCUCCAGCCCAGCGCCAAGUAUGAGAUGCGGCGGCAAGGCACCGUCGUGGAGCUGGUCAUUCACGACCUGGAGCCCGAGGAUUGUGGCCCCUACACGUGCAGCACGGGAGACGAGCUGUCCACCGGCUCCGUUUACGUGCAAGAAGAGGAAGUCCAGAUAGUUUCUGGUUUAAAGAACACGGACGUCUUUGCGGGCGAAUGUGCCACUUUUACCUGCGAGCUUUCAUGCCCCAGCAUGCAAACUGUGCAGUGGUGGCUGGAUGGAUCCCCGCUUCAGAACAGCCCCAUGAACGAAAUCUCUGUCCAGGAUGGGAAAGUCCACACUUUGACCCUAAAGGACCUGGGGCAUAACGAUUCAGGAGUUGUGACCUUCAGAGCCGGCCCCCUCAUUUCCUCCGCUAAAUUGUUGAUCAAAGAUCCCACCGUCGAGGUGGUCGGCCCCAUGCAGGACGUUACCAUCGAUGAAGACGGCACUGCAGAGUUGAUCUGCCAGUACUCUCGGCCCGUGCAGGCCACGUGGACGAAGAAUGACCAGGAGGUCCACGCGGAUGGCCGACGCAUUGUGAUUGAGCAGGACUGGAACGUGGCCAAGCUGAGAAUCCAGCCUGCUCUUCCGAGCGAUACCGGCAUCUAUGCUUGCGAAGCCGGAGGCACGAAAGUGGUGGCCAUGCUUGAAGUUCAAGCCAAGAACACCAUUGUCCAGGGCUUGGAGAAUGUGGAGGCAAUGGAAGGGGGUGAAGCGCUGUUCGAGUGCUACCUCUCCAAGCCGGAGUGCUAUAACUACAAUUGGCUGGUCGAUGACGUGCCUGCCAAAACCUCGGAAAAUAUCGAGAUGGUUUAUUUUGAGAACGGACUCCGCCAUCUGCUUCUCCUAAAGAACCUCACUGCCCAAGACAGCUGCAGAGUCACCUUCCAGGCCAGCGACGUGGUGACCUCUGCAUUUCUGACUGUGAGAGGGUGGCGUCUGGAGUUCUUGCAGCCGUUAAGUGACGUCACUGUCACGGCCGGGGACCAAGCUGUCUUCAGCUGCAUUUUAAGUGAAGCUGUCCCGGUCCAUGAGGUGGCUUGGUACAUGAAUGAUGUGGACAUCCAAGCUGAUGAAAACUGGAGAAUCGAGGCCGAUGGCAACCACUUCAAGCUUGUACUGAAGAAAGCGCAGCUCCAUCACGCCGGAGAGGUGACGUUUGCUGCGAGAGACGCCAUUGCGUCUGCCAAGUUAUCGGUCCUAGAUUCUAUUGCAGUCACGGAGCCUUUGGUGGACAAGUCUGCUGUGGAAGGGGAGAAGACACGGUUGGAGUGUGAAUUAUCCAGCGAAGCUGAAGACGUGGUUUGGUUUAAGGGAAAAGAGCCGGUCCAUCCGGGAGGCAGAUAUGAAAUCAUCUCAGAAGGCAAAAAACAGGCACUCAUCAUCCAUGGCUUCAAAGCAGAAGAUCAAGGACUGUACACCUGCAUGGCAUCCCAAGAUGCCAGGACUUCUGCCAAUCUUUCAGCAAAAGUUUCUCCAGUGUCCAUGUUAAAAGAAGCAGCAGAGGAAAUACCAAAGGCUAAGGAGCUGGGCGAGAGAGAGGAGGAGCAGGUGCAGCCUAGCCUGCCACCCGAAGCUGCCCAGGAAGGUGACCUCCAUCUCCUGUGGGAAGCUCUUGCCAAGAAGCGCAGGAUGAGCCGUGAGCCAACCCUGGAUUCUAUCAGUGAAUUGCCGGAAGAGGACGACAAACUUCGGAAACAGAAGAAGGAAGAAGCCGAGGUGAUCCAAUACUACUCUGAGGAAUACUCUACCUGUGAUGAGUCUGCUAGAACAGGAGAAGCAGAUAUUUCUUUCACCAGCUCGGAUGAUGAGUCGAGGGCUGGUACUCCAUCCUUGAUCAAAUACCUCAAGAAGGCCAGCAAAGUUCAGAGCACCUCUGUGGAGAAAACCGAGAAGCAGUGGAAGAAGGCCAGCCCGGAGCCAGCUUCCGCUGCCCGGCCAGCCCAACCAGAACCCCUUGAAGGAGACCUCAAGGAUCCCUCCAUGGCACAGGCCGCAGUCAAAAUCCAGGCGGCCUUCAAAGGGUACAAAGUGAGGAAGGAGAUCAAGCAGCAAGAAUGCCCAGUCUUUACUGAGACCUUCAAGGACUUCUCUGGUGAGCCAGGCGGCACCCUCCACCUUGAGUGCGUGGCCCAAAGCAAAACGGACAUGAAGGUCCGCUGGCUGAAAGACGGUCGGGAAAUUUCAGAUGGACGCCACCAUCACAUAGACAAUUACAGCGAUGGGACUUGCUCCUUGAUCAUCACUGGUCUGGAAGCGGAUGACAUAGGCACGUACACCUGUGAGGUGUCCAAUAAAUUUGGCCAGGUCUCCCACAGUGCGAAGCUGACGGUGUGUCCGCAGCCUCAGGUCCCUGUGCGUAGACACAGGCCUGCCAAGAAGCUGCCUGAGAGCGAGACGGAGAGUUCUGGCAGUGAACUGGACGACGCCUUCCGUAAAGCGGGGAGAAGGCUUCACAAGCUCUUCAGGUCCAAGAUCUCCACAGAGAUCUCAGAUGUUGAUGAGGAACUCUUUGUCAGCGCAGAUGAGGGAGAGAUCGAGGUUGUGGACCACCAGACCUACCGAGAAGACGAGAAGUACCUCUACAUCAAGUUUGAGGUGAUGUUGGAAGCCACCACAGCGGCCAGUCGGUUUAGGGAGAUGUUUGCCGCCAUGGGCAUUCCUGUAGACAUAGACAUCCUGGACCAAGGCCCUAGGAAGAUCGAGCUGCGCAUCGGGAAAGCCGCGCCACCUUCUCCAGGGCAACUGCAGACCCUGGUGAAAAGACCACCGCCGCCCUUACUAACAUCCGAUACUGCUCCUGUCUUCAUAACCGAGCUUCAAAACCAGGAGGUGCAGGACGGGUAUCCUGUUAGUUUUGACUGUGUCGUGAUCGGCAAGCCGACCCCCACGGUCCGGUGGUUCAAGGACGGGCGGGUCCUUGAAGAAGAUGACCACUACAUGAUCAACGAAGAUCAGGAAGGGUGCCACCAGCUCAUCAUCACAGCGGUGGUCCCUCUUGACAUGGGCGUGUACCGCUGCCUGGCAGAGAACAGCAUGGGGGUCUCCUCGACCAAGGCUGAGCUGCGGGUGGAUCUGACCAGUACGGAUUAUGACACCGCGGCCGAUGCUACCGAGACUUCAUCCUACUACAGUGCCAAAGGGUACCUUUCCAGCCGAGAGCAAGAAGGGGUAGAGUCCAUGAACGAGGAAGAGCAGCUGCCGCAGAUCCUGGAUGAACUUCAUGACAUCCACGUGGCCCCUGGAGCGCCCUUGGCCAAAUUCCACCUGAAGGUUAAAGGUUACCCGGAGCCUCGUCUCUACUGGUUUAAAGAUGGUCAGCCCUUGCACGCGUCGGAUCGACUCUUAAAAACAGACAGGAGAGAGUUUCAUGCUCUUGAAAUUCUUAACGUCACAAAAGAGGAUGCUGGUCAAUAUUCUGUAUUUAUUAGCAACUCUGCUGGUUCUGCAUAUUCAUCGGCCAGGUUGCUUGUCAAAGCGGCUGGCGAGGAAGACGUUCCACCUGCAAAAGAUUUCCAUGAGCAACUGGUGCCACCAAGAUUCCUGGAAAGAUUUACCAAUAAAAAAGUGAGGAAGGGAGUCAGCAUUACCCUUUCUGUGAAAGUUGAAGGAAGUCCGCCACCCUCAGUGACUUGGCUGAAGGAAGAGUCCCGUGGAGAAGACAUCCUGUGGAUCAAGGCAGACACACCAGGGUACAAACUCGCCAGUUCCAACAUGCAUCAUAGUCUGAUCCUACUGGAUGUGAACCAGGAAUACAGUGGGAACUAUACCUGCAUUGCCUCCAACCAGGCUGGCCAAUCCAUCUGCAGCGCUUCCCUCGAAGUUCUGGAUGUGAAAGAGGCCGAAUCUCUCACCCAAGAGCGUGUGAUGGUGACUGAGGCCAUAAUGACUUCGCUCGGAUAUGAAGAAGACAAGGAAAGGAAAGAAAUCGGAGUUGGGGUUUCAGUUCAUCCUCCAGAAGCCAGAAAAGCAGAACAUGCAGGAGGGGAAGCUGCUCGGGGCCAUAUUUCGCUCACUGAGGUCGGGACGGAGGAAUUCCUCCAGAAGCUGACGUCGCAGAUCACAGAGAUGGUGUCUGCAAAGAUAAGUCAAGCCACGCUCCGAGUCCCUGGGGCAGACAGCGACGAUGAAUCGAAGACACCGUCCGCAUCGCCACGACACGGCAGGUCCAGACCUUCCUCAACUGCUCAAGAGUCUUCCUCGGAGUCUGAUGAAGGGGAUGCCCGGGGAGAGAUUUUUGAUAUCUACAUGGUCACUGCUGAUUACUCACCCAUGGGUGCUGACCAUGAAACCAUCUCCUUGAAAGAAGGACAGUAUGUGGAGGUCUUAGAUUCUGCUCAUCCUCUGAAAUGGUUGGUGAGGACCAAACCCACCAAGCUCAGUCCAUCCAGGCAAGGGUGGGUUUCCCCCGCCUACCUGGAUAAAAGGUUAAAGCUGUCAACCGAGUGGGGAGGUCCAGAGACUCUGGAGUUCCCUGGAGAAUCCGUUUCAGAGGACGAAUACAAAAAGAAGCUGAGCCUCAUUAUUCAGGACCUGCUCAACACAGAGGAGGAGUUUGUGAAGGACCUGCAGUUUCUCCAGACCCACCACAUCCAGUUCACCGAGACCUGCCCCGUCGUCCCCAUCGCCGUCUCCAGCCAGAAGCUCAUUAUCUUCCGAAAUGUGACAGAUGUCACUCACUUCCAUGCCAACACCUUCUUCCCAGAGCUCCAGAAGUGUGACACGGAUGACGAUGUGGCCAUGUGCUUCAUCAAGAACGAGGGGGAAUUCGACAAGUACAUCCAGUACCUCGUGGGCCGAGUACAAGCCGAGUCCGUUGUCGUCAAUAAAGCUGUCCAGGAAUUCUACAAGCGCUAUACAGAGGGGACAUUAUCCAGUGAAGAUCCUUCCCAGCCCCCCGUCCUUCCUCUGCAACACUAUUUGGAGAUACCAAUCAUCAGGAUUCAGAAAUAUCAAAAUGUAAUCAAGGAGCUAAUCCGAAAUAAAGCACGGAAUAAUCAAAACUGUGCGCUGCUGGAACAAGCUUAUGCGGUUGUGUCUGCACUAACCAGGCGAGCAGAAAACAACCUCCAUGUUUCCCUCAUUGAGAACUAUCCGGGAACGCUGGAAAUUUUAGGGGAGCCUAUCCGACAGGGACAGUUCAUUGUCUGGGAAGGGGCACCGGGAGCCAGAAUGGCUUGGAAGGGGCACAAGCGACACGUCUUCCUCUUCAAGAAUUACCUCCUGGUGUGCAAGCCAAAGCGAGACACCAAAGCAGAUACUUACAGCUACAUCUUCAAGAACAUGAUGAAGCUGUCAAAUAUUGACGUGAACGACCUGGUGGAAGGAGAUGACCGGGCAUUUGAGAUUUGGCAUGAGCGAGAAGACUCAGUCCGCAAGUACCUCUUCCAAGCCAGGACCAUCAUCAUCAAGAACUCUUGGGUGAAGGAGAUCUGCGGUAUUCAGCAACGCAUCAGCCUCCCUGUCUGGGACCCACCCGACUUCGAGGAGGAGCUGGCCGACUGUACAGCUGAGCUGGGCGAAACAGUCAAAUUAGCCUGCCGAGUGACCGGCACACCCAAGCCGGGGGUUACCUGGUAUAAAGACGGCAAGCCAGUGGAGGUGGACCCCCACCACAUCAUCAUCGAAGACCCUGAUGGCUCCUGCACACUGAUCCUGGACAACCUGACGGGUGUGGAUUCGGGGCAAUACAUGUGCUUCGCGGCUAGUCCGGCCGGCAACGCCAGCACCCUGGGAAAGAUCCUCGUUCAAGUGCCUCCCCGGUUUGUGAACAAGCUUAAACAUGCUUACUAUGCAGAUGGUGAAGAUGCGCAGUUUACCUGCACCAUUGAAGGGGCUCCUUAUCCACAGAUCAGGUGGUAUAAGGAUGGGAAUUUGCUGACAGACCCCAAUAAGCACCAGAGUUUUAGUGAACCAAGGAGUGGCGUUAUCGUUCUGGUGGUCAAGAACGCCUGCAAGGAUGACAUCGGGUGCUACGAAUGUGAGCUUGUGAACAGGUUAGGAAUGGCCAGGAGUGGAGCUCAACUUUACCACCAGAGCGCAGGAGCCAUGGCUCAGGAGAAGAGACAAGAUCAAGCCAUUACCAUUGAAGUCACUGAGCAGGAGACUAAAGUACCCAAGAAAACCAUCAUCAUAGAGGAGACAAUCACAACGGUGGUGAAGGCGCCGAGGGUGAAGCGGCGAGCGUCUCCCGCACGCCCGUCUUCAGGCUAUUCUCCUUCUCGCUCUCCGAGAUCAGAGCUGUCAACACCUGAACUGGUUUACGGGAGCAAGAUCAGGCCGUCCGUGCACAGGCAGGACCUGGAGGCCAUGCAGAAAGCGGCCAUUCCCACCCAUUUCGUGACGGAGCCCGUCGAAAAGCUGGGAGGAGCUGUUAGAGGGAUUGCUGUCGAAAGCCCUCUGGAGGAGCAGGCACACAAAUGGGUUGAAGUGGAGGAAAUAAUUGAAUUCAAUGUGAAGGCACCUGCCCAAGCAGCAAGGAAAAGAGGGGCUUCUCCUGCGAGAUCAGAGAAAGAUGAAUUCGCAUCCAGUUAUACUCCCCCUGGCGCAAGACCCAGGCCUUCCCGUGAAGAUGACCCAAACACCAAUAACUCGAACAAUAAGCUAGUGGAGCAAACUCAGUCUUCUGGGUCCCCGGAUGUUGAACUCUCUGGAGCUGACUUCAAAGGAACACCAACCAGCCAGGAAAGGGAACAUUCUUGUGAUAGGUUGGAAGGCAAGAGCUGCCCUGAAGAAACUGAGAUUCGGGUGGAAUUGCCUCCAUCUGCCGUUGCGGAUGAGCCUUCUGAGUUGACCGCAGCAAGCCAGGGGGACUGCUUGCCCAGAGACCACGAGGUUAAAGAUCCCGCUGUUGUGUUUGACACAACAUGGACUGCUGGAGACGGAUGCUCGGGCACUGCACAAGAUGAAGAAUUUCCUGAGGAAAACAUUAUAGUUGAUGAGCCAGAAGAGGGAGGGUUGGAUGACCUCUGCCACCGAGACCUCAAAAUCCUUACCCGUAAUGGGAAAGCCCUGACUCUGGAGGACCUCGAAGAUUACGUCCCCAAAGAAGGGGAAACGUACAGAUGUGGCACUACUAACUCUGCAGAUGACAAGCCUUGUGAAAUAGCCGUGCUCCAGACUGAAAUUAACAAGCCAACUAUUGGAAAGCCCCUCCUAUGGAACGUGGGCAGGCCCGUGCCUGCCAGGCCGGCCCCAACCUUCUUUAGCAGCUUUGAAGGCCCCCGCCCAGGAAGCGUCUUUGUCUCAGCAUCCAGGGUGACAGGCGUGCAGUCGAGGGGCCCGUCGAGCGUGUCCUUCCACGUCGCCGAGUCGUGCACAGCCGCAACGGCAACCCCCGGCACGUUGGCGGGAUCCCCAUUCAGGCUGACGCCGUCCUUCUGCACUGAGGUUCAGCUCUCCACGGACAAUGGACAAUCCAAUUUUAAGACAGAAGUUUCCAGAAGAACCCACAGCUACGGCACUGUCGGGGAACCUGUGACCUUGUGCAUCAAGAAGGAAGAUAGCCCGUCGCCGCUGCGGUUGCCCGGUUUCUCUCUGUCUCACCCUGAACGCAUGACCAAGCCACUUCUGUUUCCACUGCUAGCUGAACAGCAGGCGCCUCCUGGUAAAAUUCCAGACAAAAGGGAUGAGCUGCCUGGUCCGAGCGUUCCUCAGGAGGUCCAGGAGGAAGGGGUCCAUGAACGCACCGUUCCCAUUGCAAGGUCCCCGCAAAUCUCAGAUGGGGCAGCGUGGCCAGGGAGCGAGGAGGGGGCGGAGGCCAUCUUGGACAUCCAGAGGCAGGUUUGCAUUGUGACCACAGAGACGACCCGCGUCUUCAGCACAGCGGCAACGAGCGCCACAAGCCCGCCCUACAUGCAGGUGACGAUUGAGGACGUGCAGGUCCGCGCCGGGGACAUGGCCAAGUUUCAUGCCAUCAUCGAGGGCGAGCCCCAGCCGGUGGUGGCCUGGUUCAAGGGCAUUUCCUUGCUGGCCGACAGCGAGAGGGUCCAUCAGUUUAACGAGGGCACACGGUAUUCGCUGGUCCUGUACAACACCCGGCCAGAGGAUGGCGGCGUUUAUACGUGCAUCGCUAGAAAUGCAGCGGGGGAAGUCUUGUGCAAAGCUGAACUCGUGGUGCAAGAAGACAAGAAAAGCCAGGAGGGAAAGAAACAGAGCACACGAAGAAAGCUGCAUUCCUUCUAUGAAGUCAAGCAAGAAAUAGGCAGGGGUUCCUUCGGCUUUCUGAAGAGGGUGGUGCACAAGGGCAACCAGGUGUCCUGCGCAGCCAAAUUCCUGCCCCUGCGGAGCAAGACGAGGGAGCAGGCCUUCCGGGAGAGGGACAUUCUGGCCGUGCUCUCGCACGCAAGGAUCACCCAGCUGCUGGACCAGUUCGAGACACGGAAAACCUUAAUCCUCAUUUUGGAGCUAUGCUCCAAUGAAGAGCUCCUGGACCGGUUGUUCAAGAGGAAUGUGGUCACCGAAGCAGAGGUCAAGAUAUAUAUCAAACAAGUUUUGGAAGGGAUCAGAUAUCUCCAUGAGAACCAGGUGCUGCACUUGGACAUCCAGCCCUCAAACAUCCUGAUGGUUUAUGAUGACAGAGAUGAUAUUAAGAUCUGCGAUUUUGGCUUUGCUCAGAGGAUAACUCCGGCUGAGCCUCAGUACAGCAAAUAUGGAUCUCCAGAGUUCGUCUCGCCAGAAAUCCUCACCCAGUCACCAGUCUCAAUGGCCUCCGAUAUCUGGCCUGUUGGAGUUAUUACCUAUUUAAGCCUGACGUGCAAGUCUCCGUUUGCGGGGGAAAACGACCGAGCAACUCUCCUAAAUAUUCAGAAUGGGACGAUUGCGUGGGAUAUCCCCGAGGUCGUCCAUUUAAGCGACGAAGCGAAAGAUUUCAUCAGAAAGAUGCUACAGCCAGCCCCAGCGGCGAGGCCCACGGCUCUGGAGUGUCUCUCCCAUGCGUGGUUUGUGCAGGACCUCCCUCUUGAAGAAGCUCAUUUUAUAGACACAAGGCAGCUCAAAUUCUUCGUGUCUCGAAGCAAAUGGCAGCGUUCCCUUAUGAGUUAUAAAUCGGUGCUUGUGAUGAGGCCCAUCUCAGAAAUCCUUGCGAAAACCAGCAAGAACACCUCCCUCGGCAUCUCCCGGCACCUGGUGGAAGAGACCAGCUCUUCCAGCACCAGUGGCUCCUCCUCAGACAACGAGAUCUCCACCUCUCCGGGGAGAAGACAGUUUGGGCCCGUACCGGAGCUUCACUUGUCUGUGCUGGAAGACUCGAGUUGCCCGGAAUAUGAGGAAUUCAUGGCCCAAGUCAGGCAUUCCGGAGCCUCGUUGCCGCCAGCCAGAGCCAAGGCACCGAAACAGGCCAUGGGGAAGGAGGAGCCGAGCCACCCAGCACUGGAAGCCGAGGAAGAACUGAUGCCCUUGGGGCCAAAGGCAAGUGGCCUCGGAGCCACCGACUCAGGUUUGGUGCAAGAGAAAUCCAGUUUGUUGCUACCGGAAGGAGACAAAAUGGAAGGCAGAGAAGCGGGAAGAUCUCCUGGGUGCGUCCCCCGACACAGUGUCAUAAAAAGCACAUUCUACAGCCAGCCCUCCGAGAGCCUGGCAAAUGUUCCCUCUUCGCCGAGCAAGGAGCACCGGAAACUUUUAGAAAGAGCCAAGAGAACCUAUAGGAAAACGGGAUACUCAAGAUCUGCUUUAAGUGGCCUCCGAGAGCCCCUUCUAGAGCAGUUCGAAUGUGAGGAGGAGGGAGAAGAUGCUGGAGGGGACAGAGAAGGGGGCAUUGGCCCUCUGAUCAAAUCGGCUUCUUUUGACACUGCCCAGAGAUCCCCCAAAGUUGCUUUUGAAGUCUCCUCUAGAAGCCGCUCUCUGGACGAUUACAGGAUAAGAGCUGCGAGCUUUGCCGAGGAGCACUACAUAGAGGAAGAAGCGAGUGAGUCCGUUCCCCCGGACGGUCCUGGGGAAGGCGCUGGUUUGAUUCGGGUUCCCGAGGCCUUCAGUGAAGGAAUUCCCCAAACAACGCCAGCGGGGGACAGCUCAAAGAGAACUAGGAAGGAGGACCAGCCGGCAUUGCCUGCAGAACCCGGAGACAGGCACCGGGCGAUGCAGGCCGCUCAGCAGUAUGGGGAGGCCCCGCGUCCCACACGGCAACCUGAGCGCCGGGAGACGCUCCCCUGCAGACCAGAGCUGCCUCUUUCUCACGAGCAGGGGACGCCUCUCCCAGGAGCGGAAGGUCAGCGGCAGACUGCUCAGCAAGCUGGUUCAGCCGCAGAGCCAGUCCACGGUGGAGGAGGAGGGUUCCAUGAGACACCUGAAGCCCCUGCACCCGAGCGUAUGGACCUCAUUCUGCCAAGGGGAGGCAGCUCCAUGGUGACGGAGGCUCCACCGGACACAAUCCCAGGGGCCUCCCCUGCAAGUGAGAUGGCAAAAUUCCCCCCUCGUGAUGCAGAGCUGACUUCCGUCCAGAGCAGAGCAGGCACCAGAGCAUCCCAAGGUGAACCCCCGAUUCGAAAACCUGCCUCUCUUCCGGGGCCCUUGGAGGGCAGCGGCCAGUUGCCCCCCACUCCUGCAAUCCGGGGUGAGGUGCAGCCAGUUCUUAUGGAAAAGGGCAAGAGGCUGAGCGCCCGAGAGGCCGUGCCAGUGCAGGGCAGCCAAGCAGCUUCCCAUCAGAAGCCUGAAGUGGCACCUGUGCUCAAGGAGGCCACACCUGUGGCCAAGGAGAGUAGAAGUUCAGGCAUCCCCAUCUCCCCGUCAGUCAAGCCUGCUCUGCCCAUCCCUGGAGCGAUGGAGCAGCACCCUCUGCCCCAGAAGCCUCCAGCCCCCAGUUUGGCAAGAUCCCAAGAAGAAGCCAUAUCCAGGCCGAUACCUCCUGGGGAAUCCCGAAAGGCCUCGUCUCCGGGGGCCUCCCUUUCCCACGAAGCAGUGCCUGCUCUCCCUGAGCCGAAAAGCCCUGCUCAGCCAGCAGGAAGUGUCCAGACGCUGGCUCACGCAGGGAAGCGUCCGGCACUUCUGCAAGAGAAAUCGUUUGCUCCGGGGGAGAUGAAGCCCGGUGCCAUUGAAAAGAAGAGGCAGCCGCCGUUGCCUGUUCCGAGACAUGCAGGCUGGCGUCUCGCUUCCACGAGUGCAAGUCAGGAACAGGGAUGGGGGGAAUCUCGGAUGUACAGUGGGUUUGCUCCUGCUGUUCCAAAGGGCAAAAGUCUGCCAGAUUUAAUGGCUCCACAGGCGGCCACAGCCCCAGCGUCUCCCUCCGAAGCAGAAAGCCACAAGCGCCUUCAUCGUACGUGGUCGGCUCCCGGUGAGGUCAAGCCAUCCCUCCUAAAGAGUCAGCCACCAUCUGUCCCAGGCUUUUCUCAAGGAAAAGGGACACUAUCCGCAACUCCUGGGAAAGGAGUCCCAUUUACCCCAAAGAAAUCCCCAGUUCCCAGUGGUGAAGGCUGGAGGAGGGGAUAUCCUUCCAUUUACAGCAACACGGAGGCCGAAGCGCUGGAGUGCUUGGUGGGCGAGAUGGAUUCCCUGUCCAGAGAGAUGAGCGUCUUGGCCGAGUCCGUGUCUGACCAAGAGGGAUCCAGGAGCCACGUUUCCCCGUCCAGGGAAAUGUUCUACCAAGGCUCGCCUGGGCAAGCCGUAAGGCGAACAGCCAGGUGUCCUGUGCGCAGAGGAAAACGGGAAGGGGGCAUCGGCUUGGCUGACCCCUCAGAAGAAGGCAUCCUAUACCCUGGGGAGGAAGACUACUUCGGGGUGCUGCCUUUAGCGAGUAAGAAAGCCAGGCUGUCCCCCUCUUUCGGAGGUGCAGAGUUUGCUCGCCCCGAUUCGGGGGGCAGGUUCCUCAGGCAACGGAGUGACCGGAUGUAUGAAAUCGCCCUGGUGCAGAUUCAGGAUCUGUGGGAAGACAUGCCCCGUCCCGACAGCAAGACCGCCAAAUAUGACAUCUCCGAAGUGGAACCUGCCUUCCUCAACCUGCACGAACUCUACGACAUCGUGUACUUCCCCUUCGAGUUCCUGAGCUUCAGGAAAGCCCCAGAGCAUCUCCCCAGCAAAAGGCGUUUGCCUCUGGGCGAAAGGGCAGGUUUGCCCCAUGGACUGAGGGCUCCCUCGCACCAGGACAAGAAAAUGUGCGUCAGAGACCACGCGCAGGGUGAACCCACCAGGGAAGCUCCCAGGGACGAAGAACGGGCUUCACCUGAGCUGAUGAUAGACCCCACAGCCGUCCAAGCACCCCGGUUAGGGAAACGGUCCGAUUCGGAAGGCGAUAUACCCGUUGGCUCUCAGCAAAUGUUUGGUCUCUCCGAAGACCCAGCCGGCCAGCGCAGGAGUUCUCUGCAGAACAGGCUGGGACUCUUCAAACCUUUUGCCAGAUCUCAGUCCAUGGAGCUGGUAGAGCAAAGUCUGAAGAAGAAGAUGAAGGCGUCUGUUGCCCACCUUUCACGGAUGCUGGCAAGAAAAACAUCUUCUGACGAGGAAAGCAGGGAAGACUCCGAGGAGCGGAAGGGCGAGCAACAAGAGCGGACGUCCUUGACGGAGGCUGUUGGCGUUUUGAAAAAGAAAACAGGGUUUCCUUCAUUCACUCUUCCAAGCCUCAAGAUAAGAGAGAAAGCUCCUGCAUUUGUUGAAGAGCUCACCGACCAGACGAUUGCCUUAGGGCAAUCUCUGACCCUGUCCUGCCGGACAUCUGCCCAGUCAUCUCCUCGUGUGGAGUGGUUCAAAGAUGGAGCGUCCCUUCGCAGCACAGACAGGAUCCUGAUUUCAUCCACACUGAAACACUUCCAGCUUUUAACCAUAUUAGCAGCGACCACAGAGGAUUUUGGCACGUAUGUGUGUUCGGCCACUAACUCCCACGGCUCCGUCUCAACCUCCUGCGUAAUCAGGAGGGCAGAGACGCCUUCCAAUCCACCAGCCCCCGACGUGGUGGAGGUCCUCGAGGAUGGGGUGCACCUGGCGUGGAAGCCCGUGGUGCUGAGCACCCCUGUUGCUUACAGCGUGCUGUGCAAGAAGGAUGGUGUUGUCCCGGUUCCAUACUCGUGUGUACAUGCGUUCACACAAUACUUGCCUGCACACACGCUUUUUAGACCCAAGAAAUCGGACUGUGGCCAUUGCUUUUGGAGAAACACCUUGAAGGAGCUGGCAGGGCACAGGAUGGGACCCGGGAAUCCCCAGCGGGCUGGAGCGUGGAGCACGGUGUGUGCUGGUCUGGGGCCCUGGAGGCCAACGAGGGGUUUCAGAACCAAAGUAAGAUUUCCCUUCUCUCUCCUUGGCCCAGAUGGAGAAUGGAAGACCUUGGCCAGCGACAUCACGGGCUGCCGCUACACCGUCGAGCACCUGCCACGGGGCCUGGUGUACUCCUUCCGGGUUGCCUGCGUCAGCCAAGCCGGCGUGGGCCCGUACAGCAACCCGACGGCCAAAGUGAAAAUCGGCGAAAGGGAUCAAGCAGGUGCCGAAGAAGAGGACAGCAAAAUGACGGCUUCGGCUCAGCCGACGCACCAAACUUACGCCUUCCAGACGGAGAUCAAAAGAGGGCGCUUCAGCAUCGUCAAACAGUGCCGGGAGAAGCUCAGCGGGAAUCCCCUGGCUGCCAAAAUCAUCCCCUACAGGCAGGAAGAGAAGGAGGCUGUGCUCCAGGAAUAUCACAUCCUGCGUAAGCUUCACCACAGCAACAUAGGGCAGCUGCAAGGGGCCUACGUCAGCCCACGUCACCUGGUGCUGAUCCUGGAGCUCUGCGUUGGGCCUGAACUCCUGAAUGCCUUGGCCGGAAGGGCAUCCUAUUCCGAGGUGGAGGUCCGGGACUAUCUCUGGCAGAUUCUCAGUGCCGUGGAGUACCUCCAUGCUCAGAAUAUCCUGCACCUGGAUCUGCGGUCAGAAAAUAUGAUCAUCACGGAGCCGAACCUGCUCAAAGUCCUGGACUUCGGCAAUGCCCAGUUCUACACGCCGGACAGCGUGAUCAGCGUGGAGGGGUGCACGGACUACGUGGAAACAAUGGCUUCAGAGCUUCUGUCGGACAAAGGAGCUGUCCCACAGACGGAUAUUUGGGCGAUUGGCGUCACGGCAUUCAUCAUGUUGAGCGCUGAGUAUCCCAUCAGCCCCGAGGCCGCGUGUGACUUUGGGCGACUGGUCAAGCGCGAGAAGGUCAAGCUCAACCGCUGCUACGCGGGCCUCUCCGGAGCAGCCGUCUCGUUCCUCCAGAGCACGCUCUCCGCCCAGCCAUGGAGGCGUCCCACAGCAGCAGAGUGCCUUCAGUCUCCGUGGCUGCAGGAGACCGGCCUGGAUGAGCGUCAGCAAGCCACCGUGACGUUCUCCACCACCAAGCUGAGGAAUUUCGUAGCUGAGCGGGAAAGGAAAAAGGCCCUGCUUUGCUCCAAGUACGGCCUGAUGACCGUGUAGCAAAGCUCCUUCAGACUCUGGCUCUCUCCGCCCGCUUCCGCAUCUUACCCACCAUCCAAACAAGGGCUGCAGCUCGUUUGCAUAUGCGGACAAUUAUGCGUCAUCAGAAAGCAAGUUGUCGCCAAGUCACAAUUUGUGGACACAGCUGUUCUCUUUCAUGAUAUUGUUUUCAUGACAUGUUCUUAAUAGCCUGGCACAGUUGGGGUCAACCCAUAAGUGGGAGCAAAGAUGCGUUUUAACUACAGGAAGUAAGAAGGGAUAAAUAUUAUGGAAAUCUUCCUGUCCACAGAGCUGUUUAAGGGUGGAAGCACUCCAUGAGGAACGGGAAUUGUCUUUCUUGGGUGUUUCUUUUAAGGAAAUGCUCAUCAAAAGUCCAUGUCGGAUGCCUGAAUUCAUUCAGCCUUAGCUCAGGGGUUGUGCUAGCUACGUAACUUCUUAUUUCCCUUCUAGUCUUUUCAUUUUUAUUCAUGGACAGUCAUUCACUGAAACAGUUGAUUGUGGUCUUAGUUUGAAAUUCUUGCCUGUUUCUACAAGCACCAUUUCCGGGUGCAUCUCCAUAGUCAUGAUGAACCUGUCACAGGUGCCUGGAAACACACCUGUAAAAUUCUCUGUGCUAGACAGAACGCAGUCAUUCAGUGGUGAAAGAAGGGUGCUGUGGCAUAUGUAAGCUAGCGCUUGUCGACUAGGGUCAUUAAACAGGGACAAAGUCUCAUCUCUCGGGGCUGAACAAUGUCCAACAAAACCUCCCUUUGAGCAUGGAAAGGCCCAUGGUGUCCUAGCUAAGAAACAAGCGUUAGCUGCACACUGAAGCAAUCCUCAAGCACAGCUGUGCUCUAAGCCAUAAUCCAUGUUCCCCUGCGUUACUGCUCCAGCCAGACAGGAUGUGCUCUUCUUUCUGCGUAGCCACUCCUAGAAGCUACACCUGUAAGGCACAGCCGGCCAUUUGCAAGUAGGUGGAGGUUUUGAGGUUGUUUUUACAACUUUAUGCAUAUGCCCUGCCUGUCUUCUCAUGGCAAGUAUCUGAAGGCAUCUUGCAAGGUUCUCCUCCACACCAACAACAACCCUGUGGAAUAGGUGAAGCCACCACUGGCUCAAGGUCACUCGUGAGCUUCAGGGUUGAUCGGGGCUAGAAUCCAGGCGUGCCGGGUCGCCAAUUUCACACGCUGACCACGGCACGACACGUGCAGUCGAGAAUGGCAGCAUUUUCUAUAAGCCCUGUUGCAACUUGAGUGGAUGCUCGGAGAAACUGCCUUUCAACAAGGGAACCCGCCAGCAGCUGUUUGUGGCUAUGGCAAUCUCAGUGCAGGGCUCUUUGGCAUGUAGCUUGGUUGCCGAGCUGGCCAAGAACACGGGAACUGGACUGGGGCGCAUUUCCUCCAAAUCCAGCAAAGGUCUCGAGGCCAGUUUGGUGCUCAAGGAGCCAGGAACCAACUUCCCAGGCUGGGCUCUGACAGAGGAACUGGAAUGUAGUAACUCUAAACAACGCGUGUGAACAAUGGAGAACCUUUUACCGCGGAAUGGUCGGGGAGAAGCUGCUUGUCUCGUUGAGGAUCAUGGAAGGAGCUUGCCAGAGAGGUCCAUAGAAAUGCGCCCACAUCCCAAGGGAUGAUGCGCAAUGCUCCCAUCACUGGAGAGUCUAAAUCAUCACAGAACUGCGUAACUUCCACAAGCCAAGAAAUUCAUAGUCUUACCUUGGGGGUGGGGUGUUUGGGUUUGCUCUGUUUUUAAUUUAAAACAAGUAGUGGGAUGCAUGGAGUCUUGUAUUUGCCACGAUUGUAAUCACCCGGAAUCUAAUCCGAAAUCCAAAUAUUUCCUGUUCUGCCGUGGUGGCCAGACAUGUCUUGCUUGAUCCUGGUGCUUCUCCUGAGACAAACAAUACCCUGAGCUCAAAGGGUGCUGUCGUAGCUGCUUGGACUGGCCGUCUCUGAGCUCUUCUGGUGUUGGCAUUUUUGAAUAUGCCUCCAAAAUCAUGAAUCACUGGUAGCUGCCCCCACCCAGUUCAAGAAAACCAAACUAUACCUUAACCUGUUUAUCCUGCAUUGCCCCCAGCAGCUACUGUGGUUACUUUGCCGUGUGUUAGUGCUGUUAACUGUGAAUUUCCUUGGCAGAACUAACCUCGUUUUGUUCAGAUUCUUUCAAACAAGCCUUUUGUGACGCUCACCCUCCGUUCUGCCCAGCAGAUCAUGUGUCUUUUUUUUAAAACUUGCAUUGCACAAAGCCGAUUGAUGGAGAAACUGGUUCUAAAUAUCUCAAGACAUUUUAAGCUUACGAGAUGAUGACCUUGUCAGUAAAUUUGGAAGGGUGGGCGCAAAUCCGAGGAACUGAAUGAAACUGAGUGAAAGAACAGUUGGUCUCUAACUGCUGGCACAAAGUUUAAAGACCUUGAAUCAUUAGAAGAGACAACAGCUGUAGCCUGUUCGGCACUUUAGGAAGAAACGGUUGCUGGAAUAUUUACAAUCAGAAUGCUAGUCCUUAUGAUAGCCCUGAAUAAAGUUGAGAAUUUCAUCUUUAAUACUUCAAAGGGUCGUUGCCCUGAGCAAUUCAGUUUGCCUCCAAGCCUUUCAAAGUUAUUCAAUCUGGCCAAAAAACCUGUUUUUAAAGAAAAUUGUUUCUGCUUUAAUGGCUUGAAAUUGCAAUGCCUGAAGAAGAAACCAUCACUGGAAGAAGGAAUUUUUACAUUUUAUUGUGGGGUAUUAUUUCGAUUUUAGUCUCAACAGCUAGGCGUUUAGCACUUUUUAUUUUGUACAUGACGUGGACGGUGUGACUUGGAUUCCGCCCCAGCGGCCUGCAUGUAGAGCAUGACUAAACAUGGGUCUGAACAUGAAGCUGUUUUGCAUUGAAUUCUAAAUUAAAUUAAACUAUUUUAAUAAGG